CCUAUAGAAAGGCCAAAUGCAGAACAAUCCUUAGUGAUGCACGUCGGACACUGCAUUCGUGUCUUUGUGGCGGCCUGCGCUCUGUUUGUGCGUCUUUUAAAAGAGGAAACUGUGAUAUGGAUUAAAAUCAAAAGAUGACCACAAAGGAAUUUAUUCUCAUUUUUCUCCUUCAAUGCGAAGGCAUAAGAGGCCAGACCAUCGAGAUCUUCGCCAGAGCCGGGGAUGUGGCCACUCUGCCCUGCCUGCGUUCGUCCUGCUCCCGCUUGGCCUGGUUGUACAGUCGGGACGAAGGCAACGUGCUACGCGAGGUGAAAGACGGACAAGUGCAGGCGAGCUCGGACAGAAGUCAACGCCUCAGCCUCAACGACGACUGCUCGUUGAUGAUUGCCCAAGUGACAGGGGAGGAUGCUGGUUCUUUCACUUGUCUUCAAGAUGGAAGUCUGGUCGUCACAGUUUUCCUGUCAGUGAUGACGCUGACGAUGUCGUCUCCUCCAGUCUCUUAUCCUAUGGGAAAGGAUAAAGUGGUCCUGAAUUGUUCUUUGGCCUGCUACCCUCGUGUAACAUGUAUUUUCCGACCAGGGACUUUUCGCUGGAUGGAUGAGGAAGGUGGGGAGGUUCCCCAUAGAAGCAUCAACCCGAAAAACCGCGUGUCCAUCUUGGAAAUAUUUCCUGUUGACCACAAGAAGUACACGUGUCAAUACAUAAGCGAAAAUAUUGUCCAGGUCCAGGCCCAGUACAGAGCUGCAGAAGAACCUGGAGAUCCGUCGCCUGGCCACACCCGGCUCAUCAAUAUAAUUCGGCUGACCUUUUCGGUCUUGUUGGUGAUCGUUGCCGUUGUGGCCGUUGUCCUCAUCAUGAUGAAGUCGAGAAGAAACGCAGCCCAGUAGUUAGAACCAGUUAGAACCAGCAGAACCCUUCCAGCGAUCCAUUUUUGCCAAAAUAGACUGCAUUGAAUCGAAAUGUGCUUCCUAAAUAUUGCAAUUAUUAAAUCUUAUUCCUUUGUCUACUCAUGCUAUAAUGAAACAUUUAUGUCAUUAAACUACA